AUGAUAUAGACUGAUUCAGAUUCUAGCAAAAGAGUGGCUUACUUUUAUAAUCGAUUUAUCGGAAAAUUUCAAUAUGGCAAAGAGCAUCCAAUGAAGCCAAAGCGAAUCAUUAUGGCGCAUAAUCUGAUCGUCAAUUAUGGGUAGAUAUUAACCAAUAAAAAUAAGCCUUUUUCGAUAGAUGGAUGUUUAUUUAAUACGGGAAGCUUAACUAUAAGAAAUUGGAAAAUUUCAUGAUCCUGAUUAUAUCAUUUAUCUAAGCUAAUUCAUGAGUUAAAACAAGAUAAAUUUUGUUAAAGAGUAUUGCUCAGCCAAUAAUGAAUCUGUAAUACCUGAAAAUCUAUUGGAAGAAUUCAAAUUGAUAAUUAAGUGGAGUCAAUAAUAAAAAGUAAAGACUGAAAAUUCUGAAUUCAAAGUAGGUGAUUCACCUGACAAUCCAACCUUCUCUGGAUUGUUUUCUUAUUGUUAACUAAGUUCAGGAGCCAGUAUAGAUUGUGCCCAUUCCAUUCUAACUGGCUAGGCUGACAUUGCAAUUAAUUGGUCUGGCGGAUUGCAUCAUGCCAAAAAGAAAGAAGCAAGUGGAUUUUGCUAUAUAAAUGACAUCGUCUUAUGCAUUUUAGAAUUACUAAGAGUAUAUGUGAGAGUAUUAUAUGUGGAUAUUGAUUGUCAUCACGGAGACGGUGUAGAAGAAGCAUUCUAUUUAACAAAUAGAGUGAUGACAUUAUCAUUUCAUUAAUAUGGAGAUGACUUCUACCCAGGAACAGGACAAUUAAAUUCUGUUGGAGUAGGAGUUGGUAGAUACUAUUCAGUCAAUGUGCCAAUGAAACCUGGAAUGUCUGAUCAACCAUAUAUAGAGAUGUUCAAAAAAAUUACAAGCAGAGUUAUGCAAGUUUAUAGACCAGAUUGUAUUGUUAUGUAAUGUGGGGCUGAUUCUUUAUCAUUGGAUAAGCUAGGAGGAUUUAAUUUAUCAAUUAAGUAAAUUAUCUAUUCAAUUUAAUUAUAGAGGUCAUGGGGCUUGUGUAGAAUACAUGAAAUCAUUUGGAAUUCCGAUGAUACUACUUGGUGGUGGAGGUUACACAAUUUAAAAUGUUUCAAGGUGCUGGGCAUAUGAAACAGGAAUUGCUCUUGGCCAAUAAAUUGAUUAAGUAACUUAGCAAUUAGUAUUUAGGCAAUUCCAUCAAAUGAUAUUUAUUAUGAUUAUUAUUCGCCUGACUAUUUAUUGCAUUUUCCAAUAAAAUAGAAUGUGGAAAAUAGAAAUAAAACUGAAGAUUUAAACAAAAUUGUGGCUACAGUUUAUGACUAUUUGUCCCAUAUUGAGAAUGCUCCAGGAAUUCACUUUCACGACGUUCCUUUUUCAUUUUAUCCUGAUAUGGAUGAGGAAAAUGAAGAUGAAAAUAAAGAGUGUACCUGAUCUUUAUUUAAUUUUAGAGAUGGAUUAGAAAUAAGAAGUUUCUCUGAAUGAACUAGAAUAAGAAUUAGGAAUUUCUAAUUCCAGCAAAAAUGAAAUAUCUGUUUAGUCAAAUUCAAGGAAAAUUUAUUCUAAAAGUCAACAAUAAGAUUUAUGA